CGGGCAGAGAUGCUGCGGCUGCCGCUGCCGGCGUGCUGCCCCUCCGCCAUGGACUGCGCGCGCGACCACGAGCUGCUGCUGCUGCGCGAGCACCACCGCCGCCUGCACCUGCUGGCCGCGCUCUCCGCCUCGCAGCGCCUCGUCGCCCUCUCGCAGUGGAGCUGUCUUCCCGUUGUGCCAAGAGCGGAAAGCCGACAACCAAAGCCAGAGAAGCCGCCAUACUCGUACAUCGCACUCAUAGCUAUGGCUAUCAGUUCUUCCCCGGGCCGGAAACUCACUUUGAGUGGCAUUUACCGCUUCAUCAUGGAGCGAUUUCCAUACUAUCGGGACAACCGACAAGGCUGGCAGAACUCCAUCCGUCAUAAUUUAAGCCUAAACGACUGCUUCAUCAAGGUUCCGCGCGACCGGGACAUGGAGGCGGGUGCAAGCAGUGGCAAAGGCAGCUACUGGACGCUGGACCCGGCGGCGGCCGACAUGUUCGAGCAAGGCAAUUAUCGCAGGAGGCGCACCAGGAGGUCCCGGUCUGCGGCGUCCAGUGCACACAAUGCCGCGGCCGAAACACAGGCAAUCAACAGUCCCCACGACCAGUUGCAGAAGGAUGAAGCUGGCAGCCCCACCUCAGGCCAAUUCAGCAAAUCAGCGCUUUUCAGAAUAGAAAAUCUCAUCAGGAAAACAUCUCCUAUGUGACAACAACUAAUUCGUUGUGAGUGGGUGUUCGUGCCAAAGCUGCCACAUGUUACGGGGACGUGAACUGUAGCAGUGUAGAGUACAAAGGUGGACAAACAUGCAAUUGCAAACUUCACAAGCGUACUUCUUAAUGCAUUUGGUGCAAGCAUGCUUGAGUCGAUACAGGUAAUCUUACACAAUUAUCUAAACUGUGAAAUCUGUUGCACAACUGCUCGAUAUUCCGUUACGAAAAUUUGUGAAACCUUACCGACAAGUUUAUGUUUGCACCUGGGAACCAACUAUUUGCAGGCUUGUAGUAACAAACGUCAAUUGUGAGGUAUUAUUCGCAGCAGCAGCAACAUCACGUGGAAAGACAUGCAGAAAAGUUGCUGGAAGAAUUUAUUCAAAAGUGUGAAAUUCAGUUUUGUCUCCUGAGCACUAAUUCGAAAGCAAUAACGAAAAGAAAGAUGCACUUAUGCAAGCCAUGACUCAGGUAACCUUACGUUUGAAAUUUUCAUAACACUUUUUGGUAACAAUAAUCGGUGACUGCUUGUGUUAUAGAUUCGUAAUUGUAUCCUCCUUCGUACUCGAAGGAGUUACAGUACAGAGUCAGAUGCUUUUCUUUAUUAGACCUGGGCUAACUACACCAGUCACGUGGAUAUAUUUUCAACUCAUGAAGUUAGUAAGGAAUAAGUCCUUCUCUUCAUUAAGUAUUUCUUACAUCGUAUGUAUCCAGUUUCUUCUUUUUUGCAUCGCAAGAGCAGAGCCGCCCAGAGCAUGCACACAGUUGUCUUCACAGCUCUAUGUACUUCAGUCAUAAAUUGGUCUUUAUAGAAACACGCUUGGACUGUGACGAGGUGAAAGACAUGCAAGUGUGGUAUAUUUUAUUAUUCUUGGUAAUCUGCCUUACAAUUACUAGUGUAACCACCUUAAAUCACCAGUUGUUUCUUCUGUAACAGGCGAGGGAAGUCAUGCACGGGAGAUAACACGUGUUAUAAACCACUGGCACACCUAACAAUAAGUGAAGUACUGUAAAAAAUGUGUAAUAUUUAUUGUUCAUUGUAAAUGGUAGCAAUGACAUUUUUCGAUGUUUAUGCUGAAAACAACUAUGUCCCAUGACAAUUUUUGUAUAUAUGCAAUAAUGCAUUAAUUUUAUACAUAUAAUAAAAGUGUAGCAAGAAUUUUUAUAUUAUAAC